CCCAUUUCAACGCCAAUCCCCACGCCCACGCCCUCUUCGAAUGCGCCGCAGUCCGAUCACUCUUUAGCAGAGAUAUCGUUAUAAUGAGAUUCAAUAACUGUUAACCGCCGGCUCAACUCCGCACCUGCGCAUGCGACCGAACUCACCAACAAACGCGGGAUCCGACUCUCCUCGUCCACCACCAACGCUCAAAUGACAAUGCUAAUUGCGCGUCCUGCGUUACACCCUCUGCCAAUGUCCUCAAUCCAAAGGCCGACCCGAAGGCUAAGCGCGCGAAUUCAAGAAAAAGAUGACGCGACUGUGUAUUCAAAACAGGAACAAAGCAACCGAAAUGCGAAGACAUUUGUCGGCGCUUCAGAACCUGCAGCAGCACAAUCAGCCAGACCAUCCAAUGAUAAGAAAAGAAAGAUUGAUUACGAUGAGGACGACGACGGGUUUCAAUUUAAACGCGUCAAAAAGAAACCACCUCUAGCGAAACCGACAGAGAAAGAGAGAGGUCCCGCACCAGCUCAAGACGACGCGCCUAAUCCCCAGCCGACGAGUGAUAGGACUGAGAUUGCAAAGGGUGAACAGAUGGGAAGGAAGACCGCACAACGGAAGAAUCGAACCUCAUUUCCCACACCCAUUCAGAAGGAUGAUGCUCCCCGGCGCCGCUCAAAACGUUUAUCCAAAGACAACGAACAACAAGUUGGAAGUCCUGUGAAGAAAAGCGUGCGCAGAGAGGAAUCGAAGAAGCGCGAGCCUCACGCUGAUGCGCACCCCAAAACAUCGCCGGAGAAGAGAGUGCACGAACCACCUCCCGAGACAUCCGCAAAUAAUCCAAAAGAGGAGGCCGCCUCUACAGUACAACAAGACCAUGCUUCGACCAAGAUUGCGCUACCGUUCGCGGACACGCCGGUCAUCAAACGGAACAAAGCCAUGCGUGAAGGCAAGGCUGGCAAAGGCGAAAGAAGGAGUAGUUUGGGCAUGCGCGGGCGAAGGGCCAGUUCGCUCAUCGAAUCAGGGAAUUCCAGUGCCCUGCCCCACCCGGAACUGAAUGUGUCGGAUUACUACAAGCACAUUGAAAGUGAAGGCCUCCCAGAGCCCAGACGGAUGAAACAGCUUCUCAUCUGGUGCGCCGAGCGUGCUCUCGAUGAAAAGCCAAUGGGUACAGGAUUUGGGGAGGCCAGCGCAAGACAAGCAGCCCGAGUAAUCGAAGAAGAGCUGUUGAAAGAGUUGGCCAAUAGAUCUGAUCUAUCGGACUGGUUUGGGCGCGAAGAAGUACCCGUGCAAAAAGAACCGCUUCCAGAACGGCCAAACCCCAAGAACACGCAGAACAUUGAAAAGAUUGCCGAACUGGAGGAGCAAAUCAAAUGUUUGCGACUCGAAAAAGAGGCACUGGAGAAGUUGCUCCGGCCUCCUAACGUGCCCAGCUUGCGUGAGCUCGACGUGCCGACAAGUCCGUCGAAAGCACAUCAAUUGGACAGAUCACUCCUCUCGGAAGCAGACGCCGCCGCACUUGACUCGAUAGGACCUCACGCGUCGACGACCACGGAUCAAAUAUCACGGCGCCUAGGUGGCGUCUUGGAAUCGAUAGGGCCGACCGUCGACACGUUUGCGGACGGAGUCCACAGGAUAGCGCAGUACCGGACCGCCGCAGACGGCGUAGCUGGCAGAGUCCUGGCCAUGUGCGCCGAGAAGUUGGCACAACGGGAAAAAGAAGGGAAACGAAAAGCCCUGGAAGUGAAAUCAGGCAGUCCACCGCGAGAUCUGGGCGCCGUGCUGAGAAGUUUGAGCCGGGCGGACAGAUGAACUGCAAAGCUGUGUGCGCGCACGAUGUGUUGUCUCUUUUCUUUUGCUCCGCCGCCCGUCCAACAUGAUGGGGUAUAUGUGUAUGAAAUGAAAUAAUGCUUGAUGAGCGAUCUAUCGGAUUGGUAUCCGCCCCGUCUGGGAUGGUUGGAGAAUGCCGCGGCGUGCUACAGGAGCAACAACUCGGCGUAUCGGGGGGGUAUACUGUGUACUUGUCGAGGUGCCCCCUUAUCGUGUAUGAGGCUGUCACAGGCCCGGAACCGUCCACAUGAAUCUGAUUUAGGAUCUCGCGUUCCCCGAUGUCG